AUGGUAUUCCUGCGAUGGUCAAUCUCCCCUCGAUGUAUGGCCUAUGCGUUUACAGUGACAAGAUCGGUCCCCAUCCGAUCCAUGGUGGUAGCCCCAAGUUUGGCUUUGCACAUGGCAGCACAAAGCGAUACCGAAGAAAGCGUGGUUUCCUCUCUGCGUCAGUCUUUGCUUCACAAGAGUCUUGGAAAGCUGCACAUUGAUUCUUCCAAGAUGGCGGAAGCCAACUCCCAGAACAUGCUGGAUCCCACCACAGGAUAUGAUGUCAGCUUUGGUCGACCUGCCAUUCGAUGUUAUCGUUCCUUUCUCUUUCCCAAGAACAUCGACCCAACUGGAUUGGAUCAGAGACACCUGGCAGUGGCAGCCGAUCGAUGUGCUCGUCAAAUUGACCAUUUGCAAAAACGACAUUUGGCGCAGCAACUGCAAUGGAUCCGCAAUACGGACAGCAAAGAAAAAAUGUCUAUAGAUCAACAAGAAGAGCAACAACAAGCAACCAAACGUUUUCCAAUCAUUGUAGUACUUGACAAUAUACGAAGUGCCUUCAAUGUGGGGUCCAUCUUUCGAACGGCAGAAGCCUGUGGGGUUCAACAAGUGAUUACGACGGGGAUCACGGCUCAUCCCAGUGGAUCGGGUUCGGAGAAACUGGCCAAGUCGGCUCUGGGUGCCGAUCGGCUGGUAUCCACCCGUCACUUUGACACGACCCGAAACGCCCUGAAUUGGCUGGAAGAGGAGUAUGAGGACUGGGCCAUUAUUGGCAUGGAAACCACUGAAAACAGCGUGGACUAUACGCAAGUAAAUUACGAUCGAGACACGGGUUGCAUCCUCUUGUUUGGGAACGAAGUAACGGGUAUUGAUCCACAAGUGCUUAUGGAAACUACCACCAAUUCCAACAGCAACAUGAUCAUUUGUCAAAUUCCCAUGUUUGGAGCCAAGAAUAGUCUCAAUGUGGCAGCAUGUGCUCCAGUUGUACUCUAUGAGAUAAUUCGUCAAUGGAGAAUACCCCAAGACGACGACAAGGUCAAUGACCAAUAG